AUGAACGAUAUUGAAAAGGGUUCAGUCUACCCCGAUAAAGACCAAUCCACAACUCCGGACCACAGUAGCGGACGCGGGGAACCAAGCUACGAAGAAAUAACGCAAAUAAAACAUGGAAUAGGGCGUCGCUUUGUUGACAGCUUUCGAAGAGAUCUAAGUCUUACUAUGACCCCGCCGGGUGUGGUAGGCGCAAAUGGGAGAGUAUUCCAUGCCGAAAUUGCCGCGCAAGCAACAGCAAAUUCUCCUCUUGCACGAAGAUUGAAAGGGAGGCAUCUGCAGAUGAUCGCAAUUGGAGGUUCAAUAGGUACCGGACUUUUCGUUGCGUCGGGCAAAUCUCUCGCAACUGGCGGACCUGCAUCACUUAUUAUAUGCUUUACACUCAUCGGGCUCAUGUUAUAUUGUACGGUGCAUGCUUUGGGUGAAAUGGCUGUUCUGUUUCCCGUUUCAGGGUCUUUUUCGGCCUACUCGACUCGAUUCUUGGAUCCGGCUUGGGGAUUUGCUAUGGGAUGGAAUUAUGCAAUGCAAUGGCUUGUGGUUCUUCCAUUAGAAAUUAUUGCGGCAUCUAUCACAAUCGACUUCUGGGAUAUACAACAGCGAUACGAUCAUGCUAUAUUUGUCACAGUAUUCCUUUUCACAAUUAUUGGCAUAAAUAUGUUUGGAGUGAAAGGGUACGGCGAAGCGGAAUUCUUCUUUGCUAUCGUCAAAGUUGUGGCUAUUAUUGGAUAUAUACUUUUGGCCAUAAUCCUCAACUGCGGUGCCAGCCUUGAAGAAGGUUAUGUAGCUGGUACGUUGUGGAGUGACCCGGGCGCAUUCAACAAUGGAUUCAAAGGCAUGUGUAGUGUUUUUGUCACUGCGGCAUUUGCUUUUGCUGGCACUGAAUUGGUGGGGCUCGCUGCCGCUGAAACGCAGAACCCCAGAAAGUCAUUGCCAAAGGCCGUGAAGCAAGUAUUCUGGCGUAUCACUCUUUUCUAUAUUGUCUCGCUGACUCUCGUUGGACUUCUCGUCCCCUAUACCGACGAAAGAUUGCUUGCUACUGGAAAGACGAAUACCGCAGCAAGUCCUUUCGUUAUUUCUAUUCAAAAUGCUGGAAUAACGGUACUUCCUUCUGUUAUGAAUGCAGUCAUCCUUAUUGCUGUACUAUCUGUGGGCAACUCGUCAAUAUUCGGAUCUUCUCGGACUCUUGCAGCAUUAGCAGAUCAGGGGCAAGCUCCUAAGAUUCUGGCUUAUGUUGAUCGCAAAGGUCGUCCGAUCGUAGCUAUUGGCGUAUCGUCGGCCCUUGGGUUUCUCGCUUAUGCAGCGGAUUCUGGUGCUCAGGCAACAGUUCUGGAUUGGAUGCUAGCACUGUCUGGACUUUCCUCAAUAUUUACUUGGGGAUCUAUUUGCCUUGCCCAUAUCCGUUUUCGACGGGCUUGGGGACUUCAAGGUCAUAGCCUAAACGAGUUAGCUUUUCGUUCGCAGCCAGGCGUCAUUGGCUCGUGGAUUGGGUUUCUAUUCAAUGUCCUCAUUCUCAUCGCACAAUUUUGGACUGGGGCAUGGCCUACAGGCUAUCAGCAAAUGACGGCACUCGAGCAAUGUGAAAGCUUCUUCCUAGCAUACUUGGCCGCACCCAUCGUAAUUGUAUUCUAUGUGGGAUAUAAAUUUUGGUAUAGGACUUCUGUGAUGAGAUCCAAGGAUAUGGAUCUAAAGACCGGAAUGCGCGGUCUAGACUUGCCAGCCUUGAUAGCAGAGGAGCGAGCAGAAAAGACCGGAUGGCCAAAGUGGAAACGAGUAUACAAGACAGUAUGUUAA